ACUAGGGCUGCACUCAGUCGGUGUUCAUCUUUUGAGCAACGCGGACGCGGUUUUGGCGUUUUUUUGUGUGUGGAUCGUGGCCCUUCUGGCAAUUGGGUGUUCCGUUCCCGAGACGUGGAACAUCCUUUUCAGUGGGAUCGGUUUGAAGACUGAAGGUGAUUUCGCAAGGCAGCUGCUCUCCGGUGGAAUCGUGCAUCGCGUGAUUGGUUUAAUCUCCCAUCCUAGCGAGGUGACCUACAUUUGCAGUGCGCCUCGGCUGGCGGCGUAUGGGCAAAGAUGGAGCAAAUCAUGUCCCCGCACCACCACCAGCACCACUACCGGAGCAUCCCGGACACUUACGCCGGACGGUCCCUGUUCAUAACCGGUGCAACGGGUUUCAUGGGUAAAGUCCUUGUUGAAAAGUUGCUGCGCGAUUGCGGUGAUGUCAAGAGCAUCUACUUGUUGAUUCGUACUAAGAAGGGCAUCGAUGCCGCCCAACGGAGGGAUGACUACCUCAAGCAUCUGGUGUUCGACCGGAUCCGAGAGACAAACCGUGCUCAGCUGGACAAGGUCAAGUUGAUCCGAGGUGAUAUCUUGAUGGACGGGUUGGAAAUUGGCGAAUCGGAUCGGAACCAAUUGAUCGAAAAUGUGGAAAUUAUCUUCCACUGUGCUGCCAAUGUGAGGUUCGAUCAGGAGCUGAAACAGGCCAUCAACUUCAACACAAACGGAACGCUACGGGUGCUAAAGCUGGCAGAGCAGAUGAAGAGACUGAUGGCAUUCGUGCACGUGUCCACUGCGUAUUGCCAGUGCAACGAGGAAGUGGUCGAGGAGAGGUCCUAUCCGGCUCCGCACAAUCCACUGGGGAUUUCCAAGCUGGCCGAUCUGGUCGAGAGCGAUGUGCUGGAUUUGGUCACGCCUAGCCUACUCAACAACUUGCCCAACACCUACGCCUACACGAAAGCCCUGACCGAGGGCCUAGUCUACAGCUAUCGGGAACGGUUCCCGAUAGCCAUUGCCCGCCCAACGAUCGUUGUCGCCGCCUGGAAGGAGCCCCUGCCCGGAUGGAUAGAGGGAACCAACGGCCCGACGGGUCUCAUGAUCGGUGGUGGACGUGGCAUCAUCCGAAGCAUGCACUGCAAUCCGGAUUACGAAGCGGAUCUCAUGCCCGUAGAUAUGACCAUGAAUGCAAUCAUUUCCUUCGCCGCGGAAAGAGUGAAUAACCAAGAACGUGAUAUCAUGUACUGUAACGUUUCAGGGGCUAACGUGAACCCCAUGACCUGGGGUGAAGCCCUGGAAACCGGAAGGAAAAAGUUCUACGAUAAUCCGCUAUGUUUUGCGUUGUGGUACCCGGAUGGCUCCAUCAAAUCCAACUACUACUAUCACACGUUGUGCGUGAUUCUGUUCCACUACCUGCCAGCCUAUCUGAUCGAUUUCCUACUGAUCGUACUGCGACGGAAACCAUUUAUGAUCAAAAUCCAGAAACGGAUAUCGCAAGGGCUGGAAGUGCUCCAGUAUUACACCACCAAGGUUUGGAUAUUCAAGAACGACAACAUGCGGGCCAUGUACAGUCGCCUGUCGGAAGAAGAUCGGGAAAAGUUCUACUUCGACAUGUCGCACGUGCAUUGGCCCACGUACUUCCUGAACUACAUCAUGGGCGUUCGGCAGUACGUCCUGAAGGAACCUCCGGAAACGCUGCCAAAGGCACGGAAAUUGUUGAAAAAGUUGUACAUCAUGGACAAACUCGUGCAGGUUAUGAUCUACACGAUGCUCCUGUGGAUGGCCUAUUGCUACUGGGAUGUCGUGAUAGGUGCGAUCCAGUUCGUUUUCGACUCCGCUAUCGAUGGCGUGCGGAAAACAAUCACUCCGACAAAGGCGCAUUCCAUGAGGAUUUAGAAGGAAAAAAACCCGGCGACUAGAAUUGUUAGAAAUGAUAUUAUCAAUAGUAAGCAGUAAGAUUAGUGUUAUAUUGUGUUUGUUCACACUUUCUGUCAAGUAGCGUGUAGAUCGUUUAGCCUUUCCUGUAACAUAGCACCGCAAAUCACCGUUUCAAUAUUUGUAAUAUAAUAAAGUGCUCAACUUCUCGGUUCACCCAA